AUGCGUUCUUUGUGCAUGGGUUACGACAACUUUCCGACAUCUGCAAGUCUAUGGGCCAUAUUUAUCCAGUUUGCUUUGUAUGUGACCACUACCGAUGAGGAGAUCCGUGGGAAGGCAGUCACCGUCCCGGAGACGCCACCAGUGGGUUCAUUGAAAAGUAAAAUUGAGGCUCUUGGCAAAGCUAGUCAAAGGCCACCAAUGGAAACCAGUCCCACCCAUGCUCCCGUAUCCCCCUCGGGUGGCGUGAAGGCUCUGAAGGAAAUGCAUGCUGCGAUUAUGGAAAAGCCAGAAGACUCAGUUAAAGCACCACCCCCUCGCGAGCGCACUGGUAUGAUUAUGUCCGCGAAGGAGCGAUUCGAAGCAAGCUUUUCAUCCAAGCCUCCGAGCGCACCUGCACCAGCUUCUCCUGCUCGUAAGGACACCAAAAAUGGACUGAGCACGGGAAUCACCGUCGUCACUUCUGACGCAGAGUCCAAUGUUGAUGUGUUUUGGGAACGAUGUUUGGAUCGUGUGAGGCGGAAACCCCUUAGGCUACGCGAUUACGACUUCACCGAUCUGGAACCAGAGGACCAAGAAGAACCAAGGCCUCUGUCAUCCCACUAUCCCAGAAUAGGCGUCCCUGUCCUCCCAUCACCGGCGCCAAUUGGUGGCGCGAUACCUCCUCCUGUUCCAUCGGCAAUCGUUGGCGGCAUUCCUCCACCUCCGCCGCCUUCCACACGCGAUAAUGCCCUCCCACCGCCUCCCUACGGGCUUUCAUCAGCAGGGCCCCCGCCCCCUCCACCCUCCUUGGGUACGACUUCCUCUCCAGGGACGCAGCUCAAUUUACCACCAGUUCCAGGCACUGAUCUUCCCAAAACCAAAAAAACAGUUAAACUACACUGGACUGAAUGGAAACCGUCGCCAAAGGAUCUGAAAUGCAUCGCCAACGCCAAGCAGACCACCGCCGGUCGGGACAAGCUCGAUUCUGCCGUUGAUAGUAAAGGAAUUGGUGGCCGGUUUUUCUCCUCUGUAAUGAGCCGAUCUAGAGAACCGAAGGAAGCACCAAAAGAUUGGAAAAAGUGCACCAUUUGGUCCGAGGUGGUUCAAGUCAAACUUGAUGCGGACUUCUUGCAGGAAUGCUUUGAAAACAAGUCCGCCGAAGUGAAGGUUAAGAAACAGGAUGUUGGCACAAAGAAAAUUGAAGUGUUAGAUGUGAAGAGGUCCAACGCGAUCAACAUAGGCCUAAAGGUACUACCUCCACCACGAACCAUCAGCACAGCAAUUCUCAAAAUGGACUCAUCCAUCAUAAAUCGUGAAGGUAUUGAGGUGAGUUGUAUGCCAUCAUCAUGUAAACACACUUAA